ACAACACCAAAAAAAACACACAGACACAACCAAAUCUCCCUCUCCACAAUCCCCAAAAUACCCCUCCCCCGAAUGGCUAAUCGCAACUUACUCCCUCCAUCAAACCCUCUCCCGUUAACCACCGCCGAGCGUGUAGUGGCUCCGACAAGAGCCCCACUCCAGAGUGGGGUCCACGACUUCGUGACCGACCACAGCCUCAUCAGGCCGGCCAGCCACCACGACCAGGUGGUGGACCACCACAUGGGCGCCACUACCGCGAACCACCACCUCGGCCAACAGGUGGCGGUGCCGCUGAGCGCGCCGGUUCUCGGCAGGCGCCAGCCUGGCAGGCAGGGGGACCACGACCGGAGCAACUUCUUCUCGUCGGACGAUAAUGCCCUUACCAAGCAAAUUCAGGGCACUCAUGCCCCCGAUGUUCAGGAGCUCGACGUGAAGCCGCUUCUUGCCAUUGUCGAGGAUAUCAUGCGCCUCGCUACGCCUGCGUCUCACGACACUAAUCUUAUUCCGGGAGGUCAAAUUGUGGCAUCGUCACAGCAUGUGGAGAAAUUGGACGACAAGGCAUUCCAUAAUACUACUGCUUCUGGCCACGACAACAAUAAGGUUUACGACAACAGCAAGAUUUACGACAACAGUAAGGUCGUCUACGAGAGCAAGGUUUACGGUUCGACUUACGACCACGAUGCCGACAUUGUUCGAGUGCUUGCAUAUCCAAUCAACAAGAUCUCCUGCGAGAUAGUGUGCAAAUCAUCCGCUGGAGGUGAGUCACACACGGUAACGAUGCACCUCCUCAACACGCUCUCGAACUACUCGUGGGCCGCGAAGGUGGUGAUCACCUUCGCGGCGUUCGCGAUCAACUACGGCGAGUUCUGGCUGGUGGAGCACCUCCAGGCCAAAGAUCCGCUCGCCAAGAACAUCGCCACACUCAAAGACCUCCCCGACGUCAUGGCCCACGCCGGCGCGCUCCAGCAGAAGUUCGACCAAGUCCUCAAUUUGCUUAACCAAGUCUUGAAAGUGACUCACCGGAUCAUCGAGUUCAAGGAGCUCCCCGAUGUGUACAUCAGCCACGACUCGCCCGAGUAUAUGGCCGCCACCGCGCAUAUUCCGUUGGCUGUUUAUUGGAUCAUUAGGAGUUUGCUUGUGUGCGCUUCCACGCUGCUCAAUCUCAUCGGCAGCGGUCACGACAGAUAUAUUACAUCAACUGCUGAGUCGUGGGAGAUAUCGAGCCUGGCGCAUAAGCUCUCGAUCAUAUUGGAGCACUUGCAGACUCAGUUCAAGAAUUGUAGGGACUUUGUUGAAAAGAAGAAGGAAGAAGAUGAAUACAAAAGGUUCGUCAUCAUCAUGACAUCAGCCCACGUGGACAACAUGAAAGUUCUCCGGGCAAUGUUCCGGUCAAGAGAAGACCAACGCCCACUCUAUAACGGCCGUACCAAGACAAACGAACGACUGGAUGUGCUGAGGUCAAAGUACGUACUCCUCCUAAUCUCCGAUCUCGAACUCCCACUGGAAGAGCUGCACAUACUCAACUCGAUCCACCGGCAGCAAUCCGACAGGCACGAGUACGAGGUUCUUUGGCUGCCGGUGAUUCAUGACCCGAGCACCACCACGGCGGCGGCGGCGGCGAUGACGCCCAUGCAGGAGAAGGCGUUCCAGGACUUGCGGAACGUGAUGCCGUGGUACUCGGUGGAGCACCCUUCGCUGGUGGAGAGGGUGGCGAUCAGGUACAUCAGGGAGUACUGGAAGUUCGUGCACAUGCCCAUGCUAGUUGUCCUGGACCCGCAUGGGAAGCCGUCCAAUCACGACGCGCUCCCCAUGAUAUGGAGCUGGGGCACCGAAGCUUUCCCCUUCACUGGGGAGCACGAGAAGUACCUGUGGGCCUCCAAAAUAUGGAACAUCACUUUGUUGGCUGACAACAUCGAUGCACGUAUUCCACUCUGGGUGGAAGAAAACAAGGUGAUAUGUCUAUACGGUGGGGAGGACAUACAGUGGAUCCGGAACUUCACCCGAAAAGCGCGGGAAGUGGCAGAAGCCCUGCACGUGCCACUGGAAAUGCUGUACGUGGGGAAGCGAAACCCUAAGGAGAAAGUCCGGAGCUGCAACGAGACCAUCGCGAAGGAGAGGCUGAGCAACGUGUUCGCCGCCGGCGACGACUACUACGACUACGUCUGGUUCUUCUGGGUGAGGCUGUGGGGCCUGUGGAACUCCAGGAAGAAGAUCGGGAUGACGGUGGAGAAUGACGUCAUCAUGCGCGAGAUACUCGACGUGCUCGCCUACGACAGCAGCAACCACCAGGGCUGGGCGGCGUUCAGCUGGAGCAACCGUGAUAUCACCAAGGGCAACGCCGAGAAGCUCAUGCCGGUUCUCGACAACUACGCCCAGUGGGCCUACAAGGUCGACCGCCCCGACCGGUUCGUCCGGGCGCUCGACGAGGAGCUGCAGGGCUUCCACCCGGAGCACCACUGCACGCGCCUCAUCCUGCCGGCGAGUGACGGGCAGAUCUCGGAGAGGGUGGUUUGCUCCGAGUGCGGCAAGACUAUGGACAAGUUUGUCCUUUACAGCUGCUGCACUGACUGAGAUAUAUAUAUGGAGUAUUAUUAUUAUUAAUUAUGCAUGUGGUUGAAAUAAAUUUGCACGUGUUUGUUGUUGUUUUUUCCGUACGUACCAGCUGAGGCUGUGCCAGCUGGAUAUAUGAUGAAUGUAAUGUUGUUGCUAUAUUUAUAUUUAUGAAUAAAAGUGGUUGUCUGUUGGUGUGUUUAA